CUUCUUGGACUUGGACUGCACCCAGCAGCACUACUCCACGGUGAUAUGCGGAGAUCUGGUACGUAGGUAUAGGUAGGCACGCGCCGUCACAACAACGCGCGGCGACUUGAUCCCACGGACGUGCCGAUGGUUGACUCCGGCGUGUGGAUAGUUCUCGGCGUCGUCGCGCUGGUGGUGGUGGUGGUGCUCGCGGUCGCGUGGGCGGUGCGCUGCGCCGUCGCCCGGCGCCGCGCCGAGGAGGCGAAGGAGGGCGUCGGCGUCGGCGUCGGCGCGGGGCUGCUGGACAAGGAGGCCGUCGCCGUCGCCGUCGAAGUCGAGGCCAAGCGCGAGGAGCCGCUGUGCGCAAUCUGCAAGGGGCCGCUGGCGGUGGGCGGGGGCAGGUGCCGGCGGCUGCGCGCGUGCGGCCACGUCUACCACGCCGAGUGCGUCGACCUCUGGCUCCAGCGCAAGCCGAUCUGUCCGCUGUGCCGGGCCGGCGUCGUGCUGUCGCGCACGGACAUCGUCGACGCAAUCGUGUGA